AUGAGCUUGGAAGACUGCUUCAAGGGUCGAGUCUCCAACUACUCGUACCAUAGGACCGAAGUGUGUCCCUCGUGCCGAGGCUCAGGAGCAAAGCACAGCAAGCGAUGCCCCCACUGCAACGGGAGGGGAGCUCAGGUGGUACAGACCCCCUUCGGUCUUGCUGAGAUGGAGUGCCCAGCCUGCGACGGGGCAGGCUUCGUCGUCACAGAGCACUGCAGCGUCUGCCAUGGACAUGGCAAGGUGUCUCGGAAGCACACCGUGCAGGUGAAGGUUGUUCCUGGGAUGAUGGAAGGCGAGAAAUUGGUCUUUUAUGGGGAGGGCAAUCAGAUGCCGCAAGCAGAUGCUGGGGAUCUUGUUCUCGUGCUGAAGGAGAAGAAGGACAAGACUUUCUGGCGCGAGGGAUAUGACUUGCAUGCCAAUAUUAGCCUGACUUUGCGGGAAGCGCUGCUGGGGUUCAGCAGGAAGAUGGAUCACUUGGACGGGAGCCAGGUCGUACUGAACAACAAGGAGAUUACAAAGAUGGGCGAGAAGAUGCGGUUUCCGGGUUAUGGAUUCAUGAAGGGAAAAUCAACGAAAGCCGAUCGUGGGGAUCUUGUUGUGCAUUUCGCGGUCAAGAUCCCACCAAAACUUUCGAAGCAACAGGAGGAGAAGCUCAGGAAAGUUUUUGAGGAGGAUGUGUAA